GCGCUGCCCGUGCCCGGCCGGGGCUCGCAGCACGGUGCGUUGCGCGGCAGAGGCUGGUGUCUGAGGCGGCGGCGGCGGCGGGUUCUCUCCCCCUCUCCCGGCUCGGCCCGGCCCGGCCCGACCCGGCCCCUCCGCCCCGCGGUGCCCCGGCCCCGCCGACACCGUGUUGCCUGGUGACAGCCUGGUCAGAGCCACAUCAAUCCAAGCGAAGUGUCUGAUGCUCAGAAGUUCCAGUGUUUCCUGAGAAGCUGUCCUCUCUGCAGGGGAAACAUGGUAGAGCCAUAACAGGAACAAGCAAACAUCCCGCGCUUCCUGGAGAACUGUCCAUUUCUUUUCAAGCCAGAGAAAGCAUCUCUCUUUGUGCUAAAGAAGAUAGUUUGAACAUUCCCUAAACAGUAUUCUCAAGUGCUGGGGCCUAGAACCGAUGGCAGACAAUGUCAACAACUAACAACAUAGCCCAGGCCCGGAAGCUGGUGGAGCAGCUCCGCAUCGAAGCUGGCAUUGAGAGGAUCAAGGUCUCCAAAGCAUCUUCUGAGCUAAUGAAUUACUGUGAGCAACAUGCCAGGAACGACCCGCUGCUGGUUGGAGUGCCCGCUUCGGAGAAUCCUUUUAAGGACAAAAAGCCUUGUAUCAUCCUAUAGCUUUCCUCGCUCUGGCACGCGUGAUCUCUCAGGCAGGGCACCAUUCUGUAUCAACUGAAACCAAGUUACAAACUUAAAACUGCGCCAAGGGGUAAACACUAAAUGUUGGAUUCAAAUAGAACUUAAAUCUCAAAAAUUGCAAGUGGUUUAGCAAAGGGUGUCUGCUCCUGAGCAGGUUCCAUAUUGAGAGGGGUUAAAAUUUAAAAACAACAACAACAAAAAACAGGGUUGAGGGGUGGGGGGGUGCAUUUUUAACAGUGACAUUCUCAACUGGUAUCAGAGUGGUGGAGGAAGUGGAUUUUUUUUAUUGCAUUUGCCAAUGGGACACCAGACCUGAGCAGUGGGACUUUGCCAUUAGAAGCUGUGAACAAAGCUCUAGGUGGGUCUGACUCUGGUUGGUUUCUGAUUCCAAUUAGCACAUCGUUUCCAGAAUUGCAGUCCGAUUGCUCUGUCUCUUGAGAGGGGACAUGGGAAAAGAUUCCAAUUGGAUAGCUAUUUUGUAGAAAAAUAAUCAAAAGAACCAAAUCACAACUUAAAAAAUUGCUAUUGCAAAUGACUAAAUUGAGAACUGGAGGAGGAGGGAUGGAGGCAAAGUGAGAACUUGCAUUGCAAUGAAGCUGGGAAGCUUCCUCUCCACGUCGCGUGGCCGGUGGCCCCGCGGCAUCAGCUGGCCAUAUGGUAUCAGUAACAGAAGAGUCGCACUGUGGGGAAACACUUUGUGGAGCAAAAUCCAUCAGCCGUGAGAAUUUCUGUGACUCACUUCAGCAAGUACUUGGCCCAGGGCAUGGGAAAUGGCAUCAGGGUUUAGAGCCUCUGAUCACUUCUGGGGUUUUAGUUCUCUGUAUUGUUACCACUGUUCCUCUGCAGACAGCGCUGCGCUGGGGGCGGCUGCUCUGCGGCUCCUCGGGGAGGGAAGGGGUUUUCUGUAGUGCAGGAUCCAAUGCGAAAUCUUUUCAAUAGGCCUUUUGGAGAGUCUCAGGCCAAAACACUAAAACUGGCAGAAUUACUAGCAUCUUCCCAUCUCCCCUCUCCUCACUGAGAGUGGCUGAUGGAAUAGUUCCUUUGAAACCAGUUAAUUUGGGGAGAUGAAGGUAAGACUGUAGAAAAAAUACUAGGCUCAGUUCCCAUCCCUUGGCAUCCUUGAAAUGCCGGUGCGGUUCGCGGGGGAGCUUCUUGUUCGCCGACGCCAAGCGGGCGCAGCGCCGCGCGGGAGGUGACUGCGCGCGGCGGGGGUCCCCGAGGACGGGGCGGGAGCGCGAGCCAUGGGGAGCGGCGGGCGGGCGCGGA